AUGAACAGAGAGUCUAGGGAUAUUAAUUCCUCGGGCAACAGCACCCAGCCUACUAGACGACGCGUUGCCGUAGCGUGCAAAAUCUUGCAGGCCAUCCAGGACUUGGCACAGGACGUAAAAGAACAACGUUCGCCAGGCCAAUCCAACACAUCAUCAUCUCAAGCCCACCAGCCAACAAGACAUGGCGAAGUCGACUCCUUGGUCAACUUAACUACCACACCACACUCUAUCUCAGCUCCCGAAUGCCACAUCGAAAGAUUCUCCGAAGGACUCGAUAGUAUUUUGACCUGGAACGUGUUUCCACCAGCAAUAGACCCUAUCCUCGUGGACAACGGAAGCUUCAUGGCUAUGCCUGACGAGCUCCCCCCAUUAGGUUUCUCAGAGCUAAAGAAGUUACAAAAAACCUAUCUCAGUACCGUUCACAGUGUAAAUCCCAUUCUGGAUGUCGCUAUUCUCGACCAGUAUAUCGCAAAGAUCUCCGAAAAUGGCUUGGAUUGGACGACACAGACGUGUCUUGUUGCCCUUGUAUGCGCCAUCAGCGUGUUGUGUCAGGACCCGCAUGUUGAGACGCCAAGGAGUCAAAACAGUUGGGAACUUGAGCAAACCACCGAUAAUGCUUAUAGGUACUGGAGCGUUGCGUGUAAAAGGCUUGGGCUAGCGAUGAGCCACAACACAUUGGAGUCUGCCCAGUGCUUAUGCUUAGCAGGUAUCUGGUUUAUGUGUAAUUUACAGCCUGUCGAGGCUUGGAGGUAUUUCACCAUGGCAGGAAACUCCUGUUACUCUGCAGUUUGGGCCAGGGAAUCCACCAUGCCUGCCGGGCCCCAGAACUCCCCUUACAGUCCACAAGCAAUUAAACAAAGCAUUUUCUACACGGCAUACAAAUCGGAAGUCGAGAUUCGCUAUGAAAUACCUAGUUUGCCUGGAUCAAUACUGGAACACAUCGAAGAUCGCCUCACGUUUCCAUCGCCGCCUGCAGCGGAUUGCUUGUUCGACGAGACCAUAGCUUGGUAUUACUUUCUUGCAGACAUAGCCGCUCGCCACUUGAUUAACCGCAUCGUCGAUGCCAAGGUCCAGUUCUCUGAUUGCCCGAGCGAAGCGCAGGCCAGGUCAUUACUACGAUCAUAUGAGGUUUUCGGCUCACAACUUCAAGACUGGUAUCUAUCCCUACCGCCAGAGAUAUCGUUCCCACCUCCGGAUGAAAAUAUUUGUCCUGAGUCGAACCUUUACAAAAGAAUCCUUUGCUCGCGGUACCUCUUUGUUAAAGAGCUUCUGUGCCGGCCAUUCGUACGCCUAUGUCUUAACUACGCCCUUACACUACCUGCCGCUCUAGAUGAUGAGAUUGUCAGUAUAGCUUCACUGGGCCUGCGGUACUGUGCCUGGAGACUGAGAGCUGUGGAUCGAAUGAAUAAGCUUGAUCAUGGACUAUGGAUAUGGAUUCGAAAUAGCACUGCUUGCUCUAUGAUAUUGAUUGGUGCUGCUCGGAGCCUCCAGUUCCAGUCCCUCGCUACAUCUGGGCGACUGGUUUUGCCACAAGAUUGGCGAGAGAUUGUUGUUGCUUUCUUGCAUGGACUUGAGAAGUAUUCUAAUGAAGCCAGGGGUGGUGUAGCUGCAUGCUAUCAGCUUGUGACGUGGGGCCUUGGUGGGUUUCACCCAACCUCACCGGAAAGUAUUUGA